GUUCCCUGUUGCUGUUGUUACUGUGAUGGUGUCAAUCUUAAAUCUUACAGCAGCUUACUUUCAUGAGAAAAAGCCCUCUACCUUUGCACAACCUUUCUUUCUUCUCUCUCUCUCUCUCUCUCUCUCUCGCAGCUUUAGAUAAGUACACCACACAUCUGUAGAAACUUUCAACAGAUUAAAGCCCAACAUAGCGCCAUUGAAAGCCGACCCUAGUUGGAACCCCACCGUUCCUACUGCAUUAAGUAGCUUUUGAAAGCAAGAGAUCCUAGAUUAUCAUCAAUCUUUAGUUUUUAUAUACCCUUCCCCGUCUCUUCUUCCCCCACCAUUUACUAUCACGGCGUGGUUUGGUUCGGAACUUCCCUUUGAAAGAACCUUUUGGAGUUGCUUUCUGUACCUCUCCCCCAACUUUUGCCUGCUUCUCUAUCCUCUUUGCAACCAAAGAUUCGUUCUUUUGGGGGUGCAUAUACUCUUUAAGAUUCAUGUCAGGUUUAUACUCGCAAAAUUUCUCGCCCGCAAGAACUCUAUCUCCGCAUAUAAGAAGCAACACGGAUGUCGACAGUCUGUACUUGACAGAAUUGUUAGCGGAGCACCAGAAACUUGGACCCUUCAUGCAGGUCCUUCCUAUCUGUAGUCGACUCUUGAAUCAAGAGAUCCUACGGGUUUCUGGAAUGAUUCCCAAUCAUGCGUUUAGUGACUAUGAUAGACUGCAGCGUGGAAGCCAUGGCCCUAUGGCUUCAUUUGAUAUAAUGUCAAACAAUAGGCCGACGGGCUUCAGUGGUUGGAAUGGCCUGCCACAUGAAAGAUUAGGAGGAUCACAAGGGAUGAAUAUGGAUUGGAAAGCAGCACCAGCGAGCCCAAGUUCCUACAAUGUCAAGAGGGUUUUACGCUUGGAGAUUCCUGUGGAAAGCUAUCCGAAUUUCAACUUUGUUGGCCGGCUGCUGGGCCCUAGAGGCAAUUCACUAAAGCGGGUGGAAGCCUCUACAGGUUGCCGUGUGUUUAUUCGAGGAAAAGGUUCGAUAAAAGACCCAGACAAGGAGGAGUCAUUAAGGGGAAGACCAGGUUAUGAGCAUCUGAAUGAUCCACUGCACAUUUUAAUCGAGGCUGAAUUACCUGCCAAUGUGAUUGGUAUACGGUUGAGACAAGCACAAGAAAUCUUAGAAGAACUUCUGAAACCUAUGGAUGAAUCGCAAGAUUUUUAUAAGACGCAGCAGUUGAGGGAACUGGCUAUGCUAAAUUCCAAUUUUAGAGAAGAGAGCCCCCAACUGAGUUCUAGCAUCUCUCCUUUCAGUUCCAGUGGAAUGAAACGGGCCAAAACUGGUCGAUAGCGAUUGAUCCAGUUCAGUCUUCUAUUUUGUUCCUCCGGGACAGAGUCCGAAAUAUUCUUGCCAAUUCAUGGCCUAGUUUUAUCUCAGUUCUGCUUUAGCUACAAAGAGAGGGCCUUGCUGAUGUUUCUGAAGCCUGAAGACUGGGACAAUUUUCUGAAUCUUUAACAGGGGAGUGGAGAGGGAAAAUUCUUUUAGCUUUUAUCAUUGUUGUUGGUUGCACUUGUAGCAUAGAACUCUAAAGUUGACCUGUUUAUAUUUUACAAGUCCAGAUUAUAUCUCACCAUCGCCGAUAUCUAUGGUGCAAUAUGUGAUCUUUGGAGGAGUUGAGCUUCACUUUUUAUGGUUAUGGCAAAAAGACAAAAGAAGGGUGGAUCGAAGUUGCAGACUGCUUAGUUAA